UCUGCCAGAAGCUGCACUGCAAGCCAUGCGUCGGGCAGAGUUGAUGUUUGACGGCCUUUAAAUUCUGCAUCUAUCGUCGUUCAUUUCGUACCAAAAUCGUACAAACAUGUGCGGGAUCGGACUUUGCGUCAUAUUUGGUGCAGCGGGCUCGCGGAAAAGCUGCGCGUCUUCGUUGAACUGCGAGACGGUUAAACUUCUGAUACGAAGGGGCCCAGAGGGGAUUCGACGGGAAGAAGUGAAGCUGACCAACACGACCUGGUUUGCCCUCACUGCAACAGUGUUGGGAUUCAGGGGCCGCCAGUUGACGCAGCAACCUGCGAAGGACGAGCUAGGGAACAUGCUGGCAUGGAACGGAGAGAUCUUCAAUAACGACAAAGCGCAAUCUCUACAGGUUCCAGACAAAGAGUGCGACACCACUGUCCUCCUUCACCGGCUGUCGCAGAGUACCUGUGAUUCUGACUUGCUGAACACCAUGUCACGUAUAGAAGGACCAUGGGCAUUUGUCUACUUUAAGAGCGACAAGCAGCAGCUUUGGUUCGGACGUGACGUUUUCGGACGUCGAAGUCUACUGUAUCGGAUCUACAACAAUGGACUCGCUCUUGCGUCAGUGGUGCAUGCAUUGCCAGAUGAGAUCUGGAGAGAGCUACCAGCGGAUGGCAUCUACUGCCUCAACCUGAAUCGGGAUUUGUGUCAGGGAAGCCGUGCGCUGCGCCUGUUCCCGUGGCAUCGGCUACCCGCGGGAGACCUCUUUGAGCCCUGCUCGUCAAAUUCGCACCCCCUCAAGCCGACCCUGGUGUGCUCUGUUGAUCCCGGCAUCAGCAGUCUUCUGAACAAGGAGCUGGGCAGUGGCCCGCCACCCAUGCCGCCCCUCGGACGAGACUUCUUCAAGAAGGUUGUAGAAAAUCACCAAGAAAUACAAUCUGCCUUAUACGAGCUGGACGGUGUGUUGCUCGAAGCAGUGCGCCGCCGCCUCUCUAACCACAUGAUGGUGUGCCAGAGGUGUGUGCACGGGCAUCGCGAGGGUCCGACCGACACCCCGCAGUGCAACCACGCGUCCGUGGCGGUUCUCUUCUCCGGCGGUCUGGACUCGAUGGUCGUCGCCGCAAUGUGUGCCAGGGUUCUUCCGGGGUCCUGCCCUAUAGACCUGCUGAACGUGGCCUUCGAGCACGAGGUGCACAUUAUUGACAGUCAGAGCAAAAGCAAGAAGUGGUUCAAGUCCUUCGACGCGCCCGACCGUCUCAGUGCGAAGCUUGGCGUCGAUGAGCUCCGUGCAGCAUUUCCUCAACACCAGUGGAACCUCGUUGAAAUUGAUGUGAAUAAAGAGGAGCUGCAGUUUGACCGUGCCUACCACAUCCACAAGUUGAUCUACCCACUGGAGACCGUCCUGGAUGACAGCCUCGGGUGCGCCCUCUGGUUUGCUGCUCGUGGCACUGGAAAGAUCUCUGGCAACCCAUACACAAGCCCAGCGAGGGUGGUCUUCGUGGGAAUGGGUGCAGAUGAACAGCUGGGCGGCUACUCAAGGCACAUGAUAAAAUACAAGAACUCUGGCUGGGAGGGUCUCAUUGAAGAGAUUUCUUCAGAUCUCAACAGGAUAGCAGAGCGGAACCUAGGCCGGGAUGAUCGGAUAAUAUCUGACCAUGGGAGAGAAGGCAGGUUUCCGUUCCUGGACAGGGAUGUUGUCAGCUUCCUGAAUCGGGUACCCAUUUGGAUGAAGGUGAACCCUCACCUGCCUCGAGGAAUCGGAGACAAGAUGCUACUGCGUGCACUAGCCGCAUCCCUGCACCUCGACGAGGCUGCCUGUCGGCCUAAACGAGCCAUGCAGUUUGGAACGCGUGUGGUGCGUGCCGAAGAAGAUCGUGCCAAAGGCGGUGACAUUUGCCAAAAACUCAUGGACAUGGAGUUGGGAUCUGUUCCCGAGAGCGAAAAAGCAUACUGGAAAAUGUGAGCACUUCCCAAAAGCUACAACUCGCACGUGAAAAUCACCGUGGGCAACGCACUGUGAUAACCGACACAUGCCAUCAUCCGCAUCGGACACCAUUGAGGAGCCUCUCCUCGUGUAAAUUUUACACAUGAAAUAUUUAAAUUGAUGUAUAUAUGUAUGCAUUUAUGUACAAUUUUUUACAUAUAAAUAUUCAUGACGACUUGUCUAAA